GCCGUGAGAUUCUCAGUUGUCGGGUGGCAAGCAAACAAAGCAAAUUUCUCUCCUCACAUCAGUCAAGGCAUUUCUUUAAUAAAAGGUGAAAUAAAAAAGGAGAUGAAACAUAAAGGAUACGAAUUCUGUGUUGUUCAUAAAACCAAAUAUAUAGUGAUUUAUUUAAGCAAAUUAUACAUCUAACUUUUGCAGGGAAAUUUCAUUUUCCCAAAAAACUUUGCUCAGCAUCCAAUUUAAUGUUUGAAAGUGAAAUAUCAGAUUAACCUGCUGGCACUGAAAUUAUAAAACUUUCCCAACUAACGGAAUAUCUUGUUUGUGUUUACACACGUUGAUGGUUGUUUAGCCAAGUCUGUUCACGGAUCAAAGAAAAUUGCACCUUUGAAAAAUGACGGAGUCAAGAAAGCGAAAUCAUUCCAAUCGAGCUCACAUCUAGUGGAUCGGGUUUUAUUAGGUCUUUCUCUUCUCGUUGACUCCGAGGCUGGAUUCUUUAAAGGAAUGAGCUCACCAAGCGAAAUUCGUGCGGAUUCCUCCACUGAAAAUCUUCUUCUCCAGGUGGAAGCAUCCCCGUCGAACUGUGGAUUUUUGAAUGAUGCGGAGGGCAACAGGAAUCGAAUUCCUUUAGCAAGAUGUUCUCAACAAGCCGUUGUCGUCUCCACACCUGCUGCUUCGAUCUCCAUAGAAGAACCUCACAUGACUGUGUCGACGGACGAAGACACGGAACAUAUCGCUGUCAAUAUAACCGGUGGCAAUGCGGGAGAUUCACUUCGGAGCAUAAAUGACUUGGAGUCAUCCACCACCACCAAUCCUCACCCCCUCGUCCCUUGCGUCGCUACCCAAAGUGUUCCUUCCAGUGAUGGGCUUUCCUGUCGCCACAAAUUCCUGGUUCCUCAUGGUCACAGAUGCAUUCCAAGCCACUGUACCAGAUGUGAGCAUUCUGGACACCAUUCUGUCUCACUUUCCAGAAACACGUCAACAUCACGAGAGAGCAUGAGUGAAAACGUAUCCACGGGGAUUUUUAAUCAGUCAGUUUCUAUUAGUUCACAAAAAGACCCCACAAUUCGUAGGCAGCAUUCGCAGCCUGAAAGUUCAUGUCUUUACUGUCACGCGCACAGUUCCACUUCUCUUAGGCAUUUGCGUGGUCUCGAGGCCGAUGGCAUUGCUGGCAUCGCUGCUGACUCUUUACGCUUCAAUGGGGCGAUUCGACAAUUUAAACAGCAUACUUUACUCCUUAACCCUUUAACACUGGCUCAAAGUCGUCGAAAGUGUCUUCGAAGAGCCUUCACCACGGAGGCUGGAGGCGAUCCAGAUUCUUCCAGGGUACUAAAUUUCACCUCACAAGUCGCCAAAACGUUGCGGAAACCCGUGUCGACACUAUCAAUCCCCGGAGCAAUGAAAUCCGUAGAUCGGACAAGGGACGACGAAGGAGCGUUGGUAGGGGUUCAAGCAGAGUUUCCACAGUUUGGGGACAAGAGAAAGGCCUACUCCUUGGCUGCUGCUGGUAAGCAAAAGCCAAAUGUGGGCUACAGACUGGGUCGAAGGAAAGCCUUGUUUGAGAAGAGGAAGCGAAUUUCCGAUUAUGCUUUAGUUAUGGGAAUGAUUGGAAUUGGGGUGAUGGUGCUAGAAAAUGAGCUGUCUUCAGCCGGAAUUUAUGACAAAACUUCAUUCUAUUCUACUGCUCUAAAAACACUGAUAUCGAUGUCAACGAUCAUCCUUUUAGGAUUGAUAAUAGCUUACCACGCGUUGGAAGUUCAGUUGUUCAUGAUCGACAAUUGUGCCGACGAUUGGCGUAUAGCAAUGACGUGGCAGAGAAUGUCUCAGAUCGGUUUGGAGCUCGCAGUGUGUGCUAUACAUCCGGUUCCUGGAAAUCAUAGUUUCAACUGGACAACGAAAAUGGCAAACCACGGCGGGUAUAUCAAGACACAAGAAGUGCCAAUCGAUGUUGCGUUAAGCUUACCCAUGUUUCUCCGGCUAUAUCUCAUUUGUCGAGUGAUGUUACUUCAUUCCAAGCUAUUCACAGACGCCUCGUCCAGAAGUAUUGGUGCACUCAACAGAAUAAAUUUCAAUACCAGAUUUGUUCUAAAGACUUUGAUGACUAUCUGUCCUGGUACAGUACUUUUAGUGUUUAUGGUUUCCUUGUGGAUCAUUGCCUCGUGGACAUUAAGGCAAUGCGAGCGACAUCAUGACGGGGAUCAUUCAAAUCUCCUGAACUCAAUGUGGUUGAUUGCCAUUACUUUUCUCUGCGUCGGGUAUGGAGACAUAGUACCAAACACAUAUUGUGGUCGCGGGAUAUGCGUCGCAUGUGGCAUGAUGUUAUCAGUAAGUAUCCUAUCAGUACCAGUAAGUAUUCUAUCAACAUCAGUAAGUAUCAGUAGUAUCCUCCUUUUCAGCGAUCCGGAACAUGCCAAUAUUUUAAACUCAUUCUGGUUGAUUGGUAAUACAAAUUUCAAAUUUAAAUUUCAUUCAGUUAAGAAUGUCAUUAAAAUUCCCCUUUUUCCAUUUCAUGUUCCUGGCAGCUAUUACAUUUUUAUCUAUAGGAUACGGGGAUAUAGUGCCGAAUACGUAUUGCGGGAGAGGUAUUGCAGUUACGACUGGUAUAAUGGGAAAUGGAACCAUGGCAUUGUUAUUAUUGCAUCUACCCAGGUUGUGGCAGUGCUGCUUCCAAAACUCAGAAUGCAACCUGCAGAAACGAGGGUUCAUGUAAUUAUGAUGGAAAAACAAUUGGAUAGAACAUUAAAAAACUCUGCAGCGAAUGUUCUCCGUGAAACAUGGUUGAUAUACAAAAACACCAAACUGGUGAAACGGGUCAAUGCAUCUCGAGUUCGGGCACAUCAAAGAAAAUUUCUUUUGGCAAUUUAUGCUUUGCGUAAGGUGAAGAUGGACCAGAGAAAGUUGAUGGACAACGCCAGCAGUAUGACAGACAUGGCAAAGACACAGAGUAACGUGUACGAGAUCGUGUCUGACCUGGCUGGAAGACAAGACCAUUUGGACGACCGUCUGACAGCAAUCGAGGAGAAGAUUGCGGUGAUACACGAGCAGUUGGAGGGUCUGCCCGAGGUUAUCAACCAGUGCUUCUCAUCCCACUUGGACGGUCCUCAGAAGCAGAACCUCUUGCGCCCAGAAUCCGCAGCCAUUGUUGGCUCCUCCACCCAGUCAGCCUCCCACAACCUCCCCCACUCCAAAAGCGUCCCCACCUCGUCCGGAGGCGGCAACAGGAGUGCCCUCCUCCUCCAGGCACCUUCACCCUCCGUCCCCCGCACGUCUCCACAGCCUUAGACCCACCCACCCAGUCAACUUUGGGUCCCAGUGCAAUGUCCCCAAUGCCCCCCCCCCCACAUUCUCAACUGUCACGUAGAUCAUAGAGUUUUCAUGGAUGUACUUUUUAUUGUUAUUAACGUAUCAAACUCCAGCGGCACUUUAUUCUCUCGUGCUAGUUGUACCACCACAAGGCCACCACUCACCUUAUAAUUAUUAUCUAUGAACAAUGUGUACGACACACAGUACCAAUGCUACGACACAAUUAAUGAUAUGUAUUACUGAGGAGUAAUGGUAGCUCUGCUGCUGCAAGGUAAAUGUUCCAACCAGGAGUUUACGGAGCAUCAGGAAUAAGAAGACGAGUAACAAAUACUUUAAGACGAUCUACAUAAACAUACAUAAAAGCAACAAAUAUUUAUGUAUUCAUUCACUACCUGAUACGAACUGUGUCAAAGGUUUUUAACGUUACAGAAGCAAUGUUUUUUCGAGAUAUCAAAAUAUUAUACUAAAUUAAAUACGUGUAAUGAUGUUACUGAUUUACUCUAAAUAUCAAUUUAUCAAUAUUUUUUAAUUCUUCAAUAGAAAACGGAAAAUAAAGUCGUUUUCACUUAUCGUCAUAAAAAUAUUAAAAAA